AUGCUUCUUCGAAUUUUCACUGCUCUAUUGGCGUUUGGGGGGCUUGUUGGAGCAAUGCCUGUUCCUGAUGAGGCCCGUGUCGAUGAAGAGCUCCUCAGCUUGAAAUCUCGACAAACCGGUCACCAAGAAUACUUCAUCAACGUCGAUGAAAAAAGCCAAAUGUUUUGGUUGGAACUUGCCUACGGAGACGCCUUCUUUACCCGUGGCUUUUUUAAAAACCCCAUCGAGGAUAACAUGAAAAAAUAUUUGACCCUUAAGGAUAUUGUAAAGAACCUAUUACAUCCGUUGCCACAGGUCUUGGGGAGUUUGGGAGGAGCUGCCUACCGCGUUCCCCAUGGUAAAUGCCGAGUUCUAUAUUGCAACGGCUCCAAUUUGGGGGUAAGCUUGUGUAGCCGGAGACAAGGGGACGAACCAGAAGUCUCUGUUAACUCAGAAGCUAUUGGACAUAUCGUUGAGGAAUGGGUAGAAGCAUACAAAUGGCAAAGGGCCUCCCCGAAACUCAAAACAGAGGGCGAUUUUGAAACGCCGAUUUAUGGAAGGAGCUUUUGGAGCGAGGAUCCAGGUUGGAGUGUUAACAUUGAGGAGUGCGGGAAUACUCCUAUCGACUUUGGCCAAGAUGUUCUUCAUGAUGCUUAA